AAAUAUCUUAUAGUAAAUAUUCUAAAGUUGUUGAUUUUUCCAGUUCAUGCAGACUUUGACUAAACAUUUAAUCAGUAUAUUACAUUGUGGGGAGAAAUAAAUAUCAAGUCAAUAUUCAUAAAGUUUUAAGUAGUCAUUUUGUUGUUCAGUCUUCAGCCUAGUCUUUACUCUGCCCUGCUUUGUUUGUAAUCUAUUUCACAGUCCGAACAGCUUUAAAAGUUAUUUCUUAUCCAUUAUUAUUACUAUAGCUUGCGAUCUGAAGGCAGAGCUCAGCAUUUCUUUAUAAAUCUGUGUUGUCAGCAGGGAAACCCCAUCAGCCGCUUGCCGUUCAUUCAUAAAAAACCAUUAUCAGAGACGCUUGGCUGCUGAAGGUGUAAACAUAUCGAUACUUUCCGCCCUCUUCUUUUCAUCACUUACUAUUAAAAGUGCAGAUGAAUGGAAAUGUAACCAAGCCGCUGAUCUGAUGUAGGAAGGGUUAACAAAUGGCUCUGAAAGGUUCACAGUCCGGCCCCGUUCUCAAUCAAUGAGACGUGACCUAUAGCUAAAGACUAAUUCAUGCCCGAUGAUUAUAAAUAUCAAGCGCAGACUUCACAGGCUUCACUCCGCAUCUUUUUUUCUCUGAGACUCCAGCGCUGAAGAGGAACGCCUGACGCUAUGAAAGAUUUAAGGACUCUUGCGGCAUACGCACUUGCGCUGUUACUUCUUGCAACGUUUGUCUCUCAUUCCUGGAGCGCACCUAAGGGCAGUUUUCAGCGUCGGAACUGGACACCUCAAGCCAUGUUAUAUCUGAAAGGCACACAGGGACGGCGCUUUGUGUCAGAAGACAGAAAUGAAGGGGACCUGUAUGAUACAAUACGCUUGGAGUCCCGCAGCCAAAACACAGAGAACCUGAGCAUCUCUAAAGCGGCGGCGUUUCUCCUGAACAUCCUCCAGCAGGCCAGAGAUGAAGACGAGGCGUACUGAAGAACAUCAGCUCAACACCCCCAGCUUUCAGCUUCUCUAAUGUGCCGUUAUUUGUGUUUGUUUCAUUCCACCGGGACUGAUUUGAGGCAGGGGUGUCCAAACUCAGUCCUGGAGGGCUGGUGUGCUGCAAAGUUUAGUUCCAACCCCAUUCAGACAUAUCUAGGCUAGCUAAUCAAGCUCUUACUAGACUUUAACAUCCUUGCAGGUGUGUUCAGGCAAGUUAGAGCUAAAAUCUGCGGAACACCGGCCCUCCAGAACCGAGUUUGGACACCCCUGAUCUAAGGAAUACAGCAGAGACUGAUAGGGAGGUAUUUCUCGUUUCCUUUGGAUUCAUUUCAGGUGAAAUAAUGGGUUGUUUUUUCAAGACGUAUCAUCUUGGAAAAGAGAUUAUUUAUGACGAGUGCAAUUCUGUGUAAUAUAAAUGAACUGUACAGUUUUAGUUUUUCUUCCUUUUGAUUUUCUCAUGUUAAAAAUGGACAUGUGAAUUUAAUGCUCUGUAAAAUACAUAUUUGAGAAUGUCUGAACACUUUCUCUAUUAAUUAAACCAAAUUUGCACUGACCUAUUGUGAAUGAGGCCAUUCAGUAAAACACGCAUAGGAUUUAUUUUGAUACA